AACUACCUCUUUGAUAUCAGUUCCAAAAUGAAUUCGAUUGUAGUGACUUGUUUCUUAGUACUGUUGGCUACACUAUCUGCGCACGUAGCGUCUAAUUAUACCCCAGCUGCUGAUCCACCUCCAAGAUGUAGACCAGGACUUAUUGUGGAUUGUAACCUUCAGAACGAAAACCUGGUUUGGUGUAAGGAUGAGAAUAAUGAGUGUAAAACGAUUUUGAACUCAUGUAUUUUCGAUCAAGCCAACUGUGCGCGUUACCGACUGGGACGGCCACUACUGCAAUUAAUAUCGAAGGAUGAAUGCCAAAGGUUAUGUGUCAAUGAUUGUUCCAAUGCACCACAAGAUAUAAUAUGUACUCAUCGAGAUGGAAAAUAUUGCACUUUCCCCAGCCAAUGCGAAUGGACGAAGCAUUUAUGCAAUACGGGCGAAUUUUGGUUCCAGGAGGGUCCACUUCCAUGUGGUUCAAAUCCAGUUCAGUGCUUUCCUUAACUGUUACACUCUUUUUGAAACCUGACGUGAAGGCUUGUAAUUUUAACUAACAAAACAAAAUGCAUCAGAGCAAUUAUUUUGCUAUAUUGUUGCUGCACAACAACAAAACACACGCAAAACAAAAUAUACCACACCAAAACCCAUCUGCUAGCUAUCAUACAUAUACAAUAUAUAUACGUGUGUGCUCUUGCAUACAUACAUACAUAUGUAUUUCGGUGUAAGAUUUUUGAAGAUUUUGGAAGAGCGAAAGAAUUCCCCUAUAGUAAUAAUAGAGAUUUUAAUAAAUGUACCUACAAAGCGUAA